AUGGAUUCUAAGUUGUGUGAUAUUUGUUAUAGUACAGAGAUUGAACCUGAUAACUAGCCAAGGAUUAACACUCUUCCUUGUUAAUGUAUUCCUUAGAACUAUUGUGACUAAUGUCUUGAAAGUUGGGUGGUGAGCAGCGUUCAAAAGAACUAUAUGCCUGAAAUAAGUAUUAAGUGUAUGAGCAAUAAAUGUAAAAGCAUAUUUACUCUUGAACAGAUUGUUGAUUUUAUCUGCUAAAAAAGCAAGCCAAUGGAUUUAAGUCAAAUUAAUGAAGUAGCUUUGAAUCACUAUCUCAACAAUCAGCAAGAUGUGAAGCAGUGUCCUAAAUAAGGCUGUAAAUACUAUGGAGUAAUAAACUAUAAGAAAUGUCGAGAAAAUCUGGUUUGUGAAUUAUGCUAAACAGAAUGGAGGGAUGAAAUCCAUAUUAGUUAUACAGAAAAAUUUCUAAGCCAGAUCAAGAAUUUGAUGCAUUUGAACUUUGAUUUUUUCACAGCACUUAGAAAUUUGAUCUUUGAGGAACCUUGUCCCAGGUGCGGAGUAUUGAUUUAGAAAAAUGGAGGUUGCAAUCAUAUGAUGUGCGGAAAAUGUUCUCACGAAUUCUGCUGGUGGUGUCUUGAUGGAUACUACGGCUAUAACCACUCUCAAAACCUGUUUUGCCCAUUUAGAUAGACAGCAUUGAUUGGAAGUCUUGUGAUUGCCUUUUUAAUGAUUAAUUUCAAGCUGGUAUACUGGUCUGAUAUUUUAAUGGGUAUUGAGUGGUUCAUUGUAUACAAUCUUGGAGCCUUAGUAUGUGAAGUAGUAUUCUUUGUUUCAUUUAUGUCUUAUGCAUAGUUACAUGAUAACUAUCUUAGAUAUAGAAGAGAAAGAAGUUAAUACUUAUAUUAAGGCGAUAGGAUUACUCGCAAUGCCACCAAAUUAAACUUAUUGAUCUGGAUUUUAAUGACAGUAAUUGCCCUUUUAUUCUAGGGGUUUAUAUUUAUGAAUGUUUCAAAGUCAGUCUUCAUUUAUAGGUGGUUUGAGCUUACAUUCUUUGAGAUAUGUCUCGCGUUGUUUGGUGGAUUCAUAUACCUGACUUCAAAGGGUGUAGUUUUUAUUGGUAGAUUGUUCAAAUAUAUUUACCAAAGGUAUGUAAGGAGAAAUUAAAACUAUUAAUUUGAUGGGAGAAAGAUAUGCAAUCCAUAUUAAAAAUGUGGUGAUUGCCUGACUAACUGA